CACAUGACAGACCAUGACCAAAGGGGAAGCACCACCGUGUAAAAAGUCAAAACAAAUAAGCGAGAUGCCCACUGGUUUAGUCGUUUAAAUUCAUAUUCCAAUGUCAGAUUUUAGAUGAAAGCCCAUCAUUACAUGGACCAACAAGAAUGAAUGGGGAUGAUCCUCAUGUGAAUGAGCGACAAAGUAUACUUACCAGACUCCUAGAUGCUGUUAAACAGUGCCAAGUACGAUUUGGUGGGAGGACAGAAUUGGCUGCUGAUGCAGACAGCAGAGUGUCUUGUCUGUGUGCUGCCUGGGAGACUGGCCUCCAACAUGGAAUGCGGCAAAGCAACAAGGCUAUCCUGGCCCUCAAGCAGGUGACAGAGAUUACAGGCCUCAGUAAGGUGACGGACAUGUUCAAUGACAUCACCAACAAGGAGUCGGAGGCAGUGUUCUGGCAGUAUGUGAAGGAACACCUGACCAAACAUGAACUAGACAGAUUCAUGAAGCUACAGAGCAUCAAUACAGACUCUGGGCGUGGUCGAGCAUGGCUAAGGGCCUCAUUGAACGAACACUCCCUGGAGCGCUACACACAUAUGCUCCUGGAGAGUGAAGAACUACUCAGUCAGUUUUAUGAAAGUUGGGCAUUCCUGCGUGACCAGGAGAGAAGCAGCAUGAUGCCGAUGAUGGCCGCAGGUCUAGGGUCAAUCCUGUUUGCCAUCAAUAUAGAUAAUGCUGAUUUAAACAAUAUACGGAAGCCCGCCACCAAUGUGAUCACAGUCCCAAGUAAUGUGGCUAAGUCUCCUCCCAGAGCAGAUGAUGAGCCACGACCUGUUAUUGCUGGGGAAGAAAGCCCCUCAUCGUCCUCAGAUAUACUGAAGAAAAAAGACAAAAAGAAGAAAAAGAAAAUGGCUAACAUUGUUAGUUUUGAUGAAGAUGAUUCCGGGACAUACAGUUCGUCCCAUCUGUCAGAAGUUGAUCAACCAGAGUCUGACUAUGGAGCGACUGUGGGUAGGAGAUCAUUUGACACAAACAUUGACACUGAGGUUUCAAAGCAGACAAUGCCCCUUCUGAAGGCACCAUCUAAUGGCACAUCAUCACAGAGGUCACCACUUUAUAGUCGAGAGCCAAGCAUUACUUCAGGGACAUCUAAUGGUCGACAAAACAGCCAUAGCUCCUUCAGCUCAGCUGAUUUUGAGUUAAGUGACCAUGGAAAUCUGAUACCCUUAACUCCUACUGGCAACCCUAUAGAUCUUUCUGCCUCACCGGUUAUUGUGGAGCACAACCUGAGUUCAUCAGUGGAUUCCUCUGACGGCCAGAAGUAUGGAGGACUGGACAUAGCUUCAGCAGCUAGAGCCCUUGAUCUAGCUCAGCAGGGAACAGCACACAGCUACCGCACCCAAGGGGAUGGUGGUAAUGUGGAUGUCGUGGCUAAGAAAGAUGCCAUGUCAACCGAUGAACUGAAGCAGGCAGUGGUGUCCAUGAUGAUGAGGAAGGAUGAGGUGGAGGAACAGAACAGGAGUCUACAGGACAACCUACAGCUGGAGAUGGAGACCUCAUCCUCACUACGGGCUACUGUUGAGGAUAUGAAGAUAAACUUUUCCGCCAAACAGGAAAAGGAGUCUGCUAAAUAUCAGGCUUUACAAAAGGAGAAUGAGUUACUAAAACAUCAGCUAAGGCGCUAUGUGAACGCGGUACAGAUGCUUAGGGCAGAGGGUUCACAGAUUGAUGACAACUUAGGUAUCCACCUAGAAGACCCUCAACCCAACAUACCACCAGCCAAGCCUAGUGUAGACUACAGUCAUGAGGCAUCCGAGUAUGAGAAAAAGUUGAUACAGGUGGCAGAGAUGCAUGGUGAGUUGAUGGAGUUCAAUGAAAUGUUACACAGGACACUCAACAACAAAGACGCCAUGCUACGUCGUGUCCAGCGAGAGUUAGUGGACCUAAGGGGACCGCUUCCACAUGACCUACAGUUGGCAGACGAGUCGAUGAGUAUGGACAUGGAUGGCCUUUCCCUACACCUGAACACUCUCGUUAACAUCUGGAUACCAUCAGCAUUCCUCCAGGGAUCUUCCUCUGACCAACAUCAUGUCUACCAGAUCUAUGUAAGAAUUCAGGAUGAAGAAUGGAACACCUACAAAAGGUUCAGCCAGUUUCAUCAAUUUCACAUCCAGUUAAAAAAGCAGUACCCUGCAAUAGGCAGGUACGAAUUCCCACCGAAAAAGACGAUCGGCAGAAAGGAAACAAAGGUUGUGGAAAAUAGACGGAAAGUGUUCCAGACAUAUCUACGUAAGGUCAUCAACCACCUUCUAGAGAAAGAGCCCACCCUAGCAGCCACUGUCAACAAGGAGAGGCUCAGUCUGACUCUUCCUUUCUUCAGUGACAAACCUCCAGAGAAGGAUACCAAGAAGAAAGGGAUGAAGAAAACCCAAUCCUCUGCAAGUAUUCAAGCCUCACCAGGCCAGCCUCAGCCCUCAGCAGCUCAGCCAGAGUACACAGGACUGUAAACCCUAGUCUGUGUCAGGAUACACAGGACUGUAUAGACCAGUCAUAGACCUUUUAAAAUAAAUUACAAAAGACUACAGGCCUCAAACUGAAGGCAGCAAGAGGUGUUAGGAGUGACACCGUCUCAGACUGUCGAGGACAUUGAUGCAGUGUUACCAAUUAUCUACAUUAUAUUUCUGGUAUUUCCUCUCAAAUUCAUGCAAUCCGGUUAAUACUGGUAAUUCCUAGGUAAUAUUGUCAUCUCUAAUCUUUAAUCUCUAAUUAAGCCCACCAGCAUCAUUUUCAAAUCGACCUGCGUCUGUGAUCGGUCCAUCUGUAAAUGAUUCUUGUGAUCGCUAUUAUUUGAAAAGUACUGGAGGGGAUAUUCCUCAAACUUCAUGUGCGUGGACCCCUUAGUCCCUAGUUGUGCCAAUUCAAAAUGGCGGACAGACAGCCAUCUUGGACUUUGAGAAUGAAGUUUGUUAUCGCUAUUUAUUGAAAAGAACUUCAAGGAUAUUUCACAAACUUCAUUCAUAGGUCUAAUAUGAAAACAGCAUAGUAAAUUUACAACUAGCACAUUCAUUAUUUAAUGGAAUACUUCCAGCCCGAAAAAUCACUGAAAUAAGAUUAUCGCUGAAAUUGUAUGUUUAUAGUAAUUAUUAAAUUCUACACUCAAUCAAAGAGUACGUUUUUAUAACAGUCAUUUUAUUUCCUGGCCAGUGUGUGCAUUGUGUGAUCAGGGGUAAACAGUGUCUUUUUGUAUAAGUUUUCCGGUGUGGACAUGAAUGUCCAGUUAAUGUUAUCUUGAUGUUUUAUUAGGUCUGCAGUCUUAAAAGAUACCUGGAAUAUGUAUUUUAAAAAGAUGGUAGUUUUGUAUCUUGUAAAACCUCUCUUUGAUAUUUUACAUCUUCAUAACUGUUUUAAAAUGAAAUGACAUAUAUAGUUAUAUGCAAUAUAUCUGACGAGGAAAUCAUAUUCAUGUAGACUGGAUAUUAACAUUCACGGACAAAUGUACUUCACCUGAAAUUAAGUGUAUUGGUACAUUUUAAAAUUAAUUGAACCUCAAGGAAAUUUCAUUUUACAGAGGUGAAAUUCACAGGCAGUGUGUUCCUGUCAUAUAUAGAAAUAAAGUCGUAUUAUACAGAUAUUUAAGAUAGAGAGGUUACUGUUACCUACAGGGAUGAUCAUGUUUUGGUUGUGUUGUUUAGAAUACCCAGUAUUGUAUUUAUAUAUACAUUAUAGCUUCAUCAGGAAUUGUACAACAGUUGUCUUUUGUUAUACAGUUAUCUAAGACUACAAUUCUAGUCAAUGAUUGUUGGAGGGUAGAAGAAUUCCUUCAACAAAAGCCUUAAUUGUGACUGUACAGCUUGCCUGAUUAUACCUGCUUAUUACAGAAUAUAUAUCGACCUACUAUAUGUAUUGUAUCAACUAUGAUUACUGGUGCUUAAUGCUGCAAGUUUUUAGUAAGUGUGCACAUCUAUGAAUUGAGAUUAUCACUGGUAUCAUAACAACUGUUCAGCAUUGAUAUUUAUUUACAUCUUCAUCCAAUUCAACAUAUAUACAUGUAUGUAUCAUUAUGCCAUUAGAAACAGCUGUUUUAAUUGUAUGAACAAUAAGACACUUCAGACACAAGAUAGAUAUAUUUUCUAUUUCAUUUCAAGUAAUCCCACCUCUGUUCUUAGCUAUAAUCCAGAAUAUAUCACCAAAAGAUGAAUUUUGUUCUAUACAGGGUAGAGUUUUGUGGAUGGAUAUUUCCACAUACAUAUCAAUGCAUUCUUUUUCAUUUUAGUACAUAAUCAUGCAUCAUAUGAUGGAAAUAGUGGAACAAUAAACUGUCGUAUAAAUAUUAUCCCACCUAACUGUAUAGUCCGUAGUAUACAGGCGCCAGCUACUGGUAGUUAUUGUGUACUUCAGCAGGUGUCUAUACUAGUUAACAAAAUAAUUAAUACAUUAUCCUUACUGAUAGCAGAUACCUACUGUUUCUGUAUGUGGAAUGUGAAUAUCACUUUACUGAGUAACAUUUCCAAUCCAAAAAGAGUUGUAAAAAUUGUAAGGCUGUUCAGGUAUUUGAUACAGUAACAAGAUGAUUAGAUAGAUUUGAAAAUCCUCUGUAAUGGGACCAACUACUUACAGUUUGGCACGGCUUCACUUAUUUGAAGCAAUUGAGAGUUAUCUCCCCUGAAACAGUUUUAAGUUGACUUUUGUGUGUGAUCAAGGCCAGCAACUUUACUGGAUAAUUACUAUAUAAAUGCUUACAUUUUUGCAUUGUCACUUGUAAAAUAUACACUAUGCUUUUACCUAAAUACGAAAUUGAUAACUUUUAAACAAUAUACAUAUUUCUAAUUGAUAAGUGUUACAAGACAACAACAGGAAAUGGUAGAUUUGUAUGGAGUGCCCCAUCAAACUUCUUACUAUGAACCUUAAUAAUUGCAAUUAAAAUUAAAUUGUACCGAUACCAGCUAUAAUAUUGUGUUUGAUCACAUAAUCAGCCUGUUCAGUUAUGCCCAUGUCAUAAAUUAUUUAUGAAUGAUAUCACACAAUUUUCUUAGUAGUGAAUAAAAUAUUAUCCUCAAGUAAGCCCCUUCCCCUAGUGUAAUAGUUUAGUAUUAAAAGUUCUGGAAGAGCUCAUUUCUGAGCCAAUUUUAACUUGAUUACUAUUUUUAAAUUGAUAUGAUUAUGCAAAAAUGAAGGGGACUUAUUUAAGGGCAAGGGGCUUCUUUGUGGUUAAAGAGCUUCUUUGCAGAUAAGUACAGUUUUAUACUGUUUGAGUAGAAAUUGUCUUACAGGAAAUUAAUUCAAGUUUUCACUUAUAAUUUUUCAUGAAUAUGGGCUGUGUGAUUAGAUAGAAUCUUAUUGUCAUGUAUCAUAAUAUCAAAUGAUAGAAUUAGAUUUGGUUAUCAUGUUGGGUUUUUUUAAUUGUUUUAAUGAAGUCCAUCUUACAUUGACCUCCAUUUUAGGUAAAGCAUAUAAUUAUAAAAAAAAAAAAUUAAAGGUGACAGAAUGCAAGUAAUGUAUAUAAAAAAUUGCAAUUGACAAUCCAUGGCGUUACAUUUUGCACAACCUUAUCACUGCUUAGAUUCUCAAGUGCAUAGUAACAACAAUUCAUUUUGUGACAUCAUAGGUUGUUCACCUACUGAUGACGUCAGAUUACAGAUUAUGACGUCAUCAAUAGGUGAACAACCUAUGAUGUCACACAAUGAAUUAUUGUUACUAUGCACUUGAGAAUCUAAGCAGUGAAACCGGUUGUGCAAAAUGUAAUGCCUUGGAUUGUCAAUUACUAUUUUUUGAUAAUUAUAUAUAUAUAAACUUUCCUAUAGAAUACUGUACAUGUAUAUAAUUUCCUGGGUAUAACCAAGGACAUAUGUUUAGAUUUGUACUACCAUAUUCUGGCAUAAGAGUGUGCUGAUGAAUGAUGAUGAUGAGUGAAAAAAUAUAUUUGUGUAUGCUAGUGUAAGUUAGAAAGAGUAAGCCUUUGCCAAAAUCCUUGUUUGUAACAUUAUUUGUACAUUGCCUAUGUGUAUGUUUCUAUGUGAUGGAUGGACAAUUUAAUUGUGAUUUAUGUGAGACCUGGACACAGCAAGAGGGUUAUAAUCCUGAAUGUUGCUCCACAGUGACUUUAUAUUCCCCUUUAUUGUAUGACAUUCAUUAAUACUCCUGUCCUUCAAGUUGUGUCAACAAGCUCUGUUGUCUAAGGUGGUCAUACAAGCUUGAUUUGAUGCUUUUUUGGGUUGUGCAAUACUAGUUACAGUAUAGUAUUCUUAAUUACAUAUGUGCAAAUGAAAUACACUGGUCUACUUUACAAGUGUAUAAAUACCUAUACAUACUCUACAUUACAAGUGUGUACUUACAUACAUAAAUUCCACAUGAAAAGUGUGUAGAUACAUGUACACUACAUUACAAGUGUGUAGAAACACAUACACUACAUUACAAGUCUGUAGAAACACAUACAUGUACACUACAUUACAAGUGUGUAGAAACACACACUACAUUACAAGUGUGUAGAAACACACACUACAUUACAAGUGUGUAGAAACACAUACUUUACAUGUGUAUGGAUAAAUGUGCUCUACAUUACAAGUGUGUAGAUAAAUGUACUCUACAUUACAAGUGUGUAGAUAAAUGUACUCUACAUUACAAGCGUGUAGAUAAAAGUACUCUACAUUACAAGUGUGUAGAUAAAUGUACUCUACAUUACAAGUGUGUAGAUAAAUGUACUCUACAUUACAAGUGUGUAGAUAAAUGUACUCUACAUUACAAGUGUGUAGAUAAAAGUACUCUACAUUACAAGUAUGUAGGUAAAUGUACUCUACAAUACAAGUGUGUAGAUAAAAGUACUCUACAUUACAAGUAUGUAGAUAAAUGUACUCUACAUUACAAGUGUGUAGAUAAAUGUACUCUACAUUACAAGUGUGUAGAUAAAAGUACUCUACAUUACAAGUAUGUAGAUAAAUGUACUCUACAUUAUAAGUGUGUAGAUAAAUGUACUCUACAUUACAAGUGUGUAGAUAAAUGUACUCUACAUUAUAAGUGUGUAGAUAAAUGUACUCUACAUUACAAGUGUGUAGAUAAAAGUACUCUACAUUACAAGUGUGUAGAUAAAUGUACUCUACAUUAUAAGUGUGUAGAUAAAUGUACUCUACAUUACAAGCGUGUAGAUAAAAGUACUCUACAUCACGACUAUGUAUAGGUACAAUAAACAUGUACUCUACAUUACAAGUGUGUAGAUAAAUGUACUCUACAUUACAAGUGUGUAGAUAAAUGUACUCUACAUUACAAGUAUGUAGAUAAAUGUACUCUACAAUACAAGUGUGUAGAUAAAUGUACUCUACAUCACGAAUAUGUAUAGGUACAAUAAACAUGUACUCUACAUUACAAGUGUGUAGAUAAAUGUUCUUUACAUUACAAGUGUGUAGAUAAAUGUACUCUACAUCACGACUAUGUAUAGGUACAAUAAACAUGUACUCUACAUUACAAGUGUGUAGAUAUAAUAUGCUGGUAUAUAAACAAACAUUACAAUCUAGCCAUUGUGUAUAAUAAAAGUGACCAGGGUCCAGAAAGGAAAUAAAGAGAAAUCAUAUUGAACAGAAA